UCAAGUUCAAAAACAAAAAGACCACGGCCGAGGGACGACGCCCCAAGAAAACGGCGGCAUCACCGAAUCUUUUUCUCUCUUUUUUCCCCCGAAAAAAAAAUUCAGACGAUCAUCCCUGCACAUGAGAAGAGGAGGCGAGAGAUAUACAGGUUUGCCUCCUUACAUGGCUGAAUUAGAACAAGAAUGCUCUGUUUCGCUUCGUCAGCUUAUGGUGAAUGAAGGACUCAUUCCAUCUCCUGAAGAUGACAAGAAACGAAGAAGCGUUAUUCAUAUGCUACAAAGGAUAGUAGUGAGAUGGAUUAAGAUCGUUGCUUGGAAACGACGUCUUCCUCAACAUCAUAUCAACGCAACCAACGCCACCAUAAUCCCUUAUGGAUCCUAUGGUCUUGGGGUUCAUGGUUCUGAAUCAGACAUUGACGCUUUGUGCAUUGGUCCUUUCUUCGCCACUAUAACCGAGGAUUUUUUCAUCGACUUGCAUGAUCUGUUAAAAAGUAGAGCCGAAGUUUCAGAGGUUCACUGUGUUAAAGAUGCUAAAGUCCCUCUCAUCCGCUUCAAAUUUGAUGGCAUCUUGGUUGAUCUUCCAUACGCUCAGCUUCGAGUCUUAUCAAUCCCAAACAAUGUAGAUGUGCUGAACCCUUUCUUCUUGAGAGACAUUGAUGACACAAGCUGGAGAAGCUUGUCUGGAGUUCGCGCAAAUCAAUGCAUCCUUCAGAUAGUGCCUUCCGUUGAGUUGUUUCAAUCAUUGCUGCGGUGUGUGAAACUAUGGGCAAAGAGGCGUGGUGUAUACGGUAACUUGAAUGGGUUCCUUGGAGGAGUUCAUAUGGCUAUCCUUGCAGCGUUUGUCUGCGGAUAUAACCCCAACGCUACGUUGAGUUCCCUUGUGGCGAGUUUCUUCAGCACGUUUGCUUAUUGGCAGUGGCCUACACCAGUGGUGCUGCUGAGGGAUGCUUACGCAGCUACUGGCUCUCCUCCAGGGCUAAUGCCUAUCCAGUUGCCUUGCGGUGGACGUCAGUACUGCAACUCCAACGUAACGAGGAGCACGUAUUGCAAGAUCAUGUCAGAGUUUCACCGAGGGCAUCAUUUGACUAAGGGUUACUUGAAACAUGGCUUUAACUGGAACAGUUUGUUUGAGCCUUAUCCGUAUGCAACCACGUACGCUUGGUUCGUCAAGAUACACCUCUCUGCUUCUAAUGAGGAAGAUCUGAGUGAUUGGGUUGGUUGGGUUAAGUCACGUUUCCGCUCUCUACUGAUCAAAAUAGAGGAAGUCUUUGGACUUUGUGAUCCAAACCCAACAGAGCAUUUAGAAGCCUGUGAGAAACAGCCAAACAUUGUAUACUACUGGGGGUUACAUCUCAGAACCGUAAAUGUUUCAGACAUUGAAUCCGUGGAGACAGACUUUCUGAAGAAUGUCAACAACAGCGGAAGCUUCCAAGGAUCAGUUGGUGGAAUCCAGUUGUCAGUUGUGCAAACGUCUCAGCUUCCUAAGAAUGUUGAGUGUGAUACAAGUAACAGAAACAAGAGGGUGACAAGGACGUGUUGGAGAGUCCGGGAUGAUAACCACUGCAAGGAUAAACCGGUUUACUCAAGGCAUUUGCCUGGUUAUGUGGUUGGGUAUGAGAAGAUUAAUGACAGAGACGCUGAGAGUACUGAUGUUAAGUGUUAGGUUGUGUUAGUAAUGAUGGUUCUACUUCUUGUAAACACUUUGUUUUUCUUUAGUUUUAGGCUUUAAAUUGUGUGCUAAUGAUUCCAGGAAAGAAACUAGAUUGACUUUUAUAACUCUCUGAUUUGUUGUAAAUGUCUCUUGACCAAUCCAAACUGUUUGCAAAAAAAGGGAAAAAAAAAACAAGAUUCUCUAAAAAAAGGUGUGAAUGAAACAUACUUCAAUGUACUAAUGUCCACUACUAUAUAUUUUAUUUGAUUUAAAGGCCAACCAAUUAUCCAGCAACAAUGAUACUAUAGUUCAAUGUAA